AUGAAGUACACAAACUAUGGACAACGAAUGGAUGGAUCAGAGCAACAAAUCCAGGACAAUCAAAAACUUCUGGAGCAAAUAUAUCUUCAUCCAUUGACACAAUUUCAGCCCAGCAAUUAUGUUAAUCCGAGUCAUGUGGUAUAUGACAGCCAGCAUUCAAGGUGGAUCGAUCCUCCACCGGAAAUUCUUAACCAGAAUAGACAGCUGAAUGAGGACUAUAACUUUCCAUUGUCUAAUGGAAGAAUUCUGACAGAAUCGUAUCCAGAAGUACCAAAAUCAAAUGCAUCCAUAGAGCCUUAUUAUGUCGACAAUAACUCCAUUAGAAUGGAUAAUCAGCAUUUAGUCCAACAGACAAAUCUCGAAGCAUCAAUUGCUACAUCUAGUUCAGCAGCUGGUCAAUCUAUUCCGGUCAAUAACUACCUUAACAACCACAUCACAAUGACGGGAGAUCAAAGCCACGGGAGCCAGAACUUGGUCAACAGAAACAUGCAAAACACCCAAAUUGAAAACCAGAAUUUGGAUGAUCAAUCGGAUAGUUCAGGAAGCGAUGCUUCAGAGACUAGAAAGUUGAAGGAUACGGGAACAACUCGGAGAAAGCGCAAACCUUGGACAGCACGUCCUGAAUCCUCUUAUCCACGCGUUUGGACGACUGAACAAGAAAUGAAGCACAUAGAUCCUGAUUAUGAGAAGAAUCCUCGAUUGGCCUUUCAAGAUAUGACGAAAGCCAAGAAUGGAAUGAAGUCUUUUCAGAUAGACUGGGAUCAGGUAGAGCUAUUGAAUGUACACCGUCGAAAUGCCGCAAAUGAGGAAAAUGAGCGUAUGAAGUGCCGCGCUCCCGGAACAUACGUUCCAAAGUUUGUACCUAAGCCUUACUUUCCAAAUGCUAGACUUCAGGAAUGCCGCGACGAAUGGUUCAGAAGAAAGCAGAUGGGAGAUGCUUCUGAUUCAUGGACAAAUAGGAUGAGACGAAAGGCCGAUCGUUCCAACUAUAACCCUGAACUAGAGGGUGAUUCUGUGCAGUGA